AUGUCACAAAUUCACGCCUUGUCCGACGAUCAGGUCGGACAAGAGCUCCGCAAGAUGACGGCCUUCAUCAAGCAAGAAGCCGAAGAGAAAGCGCGCGAGAUUGAGAUCAAAGCCAACGAGGAGUUCGCCAUCGAAAAGUCCAAGCUGGUCCGCCAGGAGACGGACGCCAUCGACUCGACCUACGCCAAGAAGUUCAAGCAGGCGCAGAUGUCGCAGCAGAUCACGCGGUCGACGGUGGCCAACAAGACACGCCUGAAGGUGCUUGGCGCGCGCCAGGAGCUUCUGGACGACAUCUUCGAGGCCGCCAGCGCCCAGCUGGGCGAGGCCACGAGCGACCAGGGCCGCUACCAGGACAUCCUCAAGGGCCUCAUCCUCGAGGGCUUCUACGCCAUGAACGAGCCCGAGCUGCAGAUCCGCGCGCGCAAGGCGGAUUAUGACGUC